AUGGUAGCUCUGCGCAGAACUGGCGCAGUCGUUACUUGUCUGUUGGCUGCGAGCACACUCGCAGUUGACGCAGCCAACGUCAAGGACAUUGUGUGCCCAACGAACACGAAUACCACAGAGACUGUGACGCUAAACCCAGGCGAGUCUUUCUCUUUGAGCUGCGCGGGAUUCACUUCCGCUCUCCCGCCCAACUUCAUCAAGUACGCCUGCAGCGGCACUGGGGCGAACUGCGCAGCCCCUGGAACUGCCUACACGGAUCUUUUCCCCAAGGCUACUGACCACGUCUGGGUGACUCCCAACGACAGCAGCCGCGUCGCUGUUCACACAUGGACUGCUCCGGAUAAGGGGAAGCUCGACAACACGGCGACUGUGUUCAGCGUGGGAUGCGAGCAAAAAACCGCAAAUGGCGACCCAAAGACCUACCAGUGCUACGUCGACGUCACGGUGUCUGCGGCCACCCCCGUUCAAGCUCUUUCAGCUGCCGUUGUUCUGAUCGCCGCGCUCGGCACGAUGAUGUCGGCGUAA